UAAAAUUCAUAAUAUUGAAAGAAAGUCAAUUGUGGUGUUAGAAAUUUAUUUUCAAAUACAAUGAAUACUGAUAAAUGUAAAUCAGAUCUAAAUGAGCAUAGUCAGCUUGAAUGUGGAGAUGGUAACAAAAUUGUAACAAAUCUAAAUGUUUCAUCGUCUGACGAAAACACCAAUUGUAGAACCGAGAAAUUUCUUAUUGAUCGUUUAUUAAAAAGUAGCACAAAAGACAGAUUCGACGAUGAGUCCAAGGAUCUUAAUAGAAUCGAUUUUUGCGAUGAAUCGGAUGUUUGCGAUUGCAGUGGAGAUGCUAAAUUUAAAAAAGUACAAGAAUCUUCUAAGAUAGUGAAUUUUGAUUCUAUUAUGGAAAAUAAAUCGUGCGAUUGUUUAAAAAAUAGAAUGUGGAAACGUCGCAAUUUAUUUAGUUUAUCAAAUCACGUUGAGAGAAAUGACAAUUUUGAAAUUUCUCAUUUGAAAACAGAAAAUUCAACGUUAGAUAAUUCUAUGAGCAGUAAUGAAAAUAAAGAACAGUCUUUAUUAAUAAGAAUAAGAAACUACUUGGCAGAGUACCAAGAAUCACGCGGAACUUCACGUGAAGAAUAUACAUAUUCAACUUUAAUAAGAAUUAUGGGCCAAGCUAUAGGUCAUUGUUUACUUACGCUGUUUUACGUUUUACUGAAUAUCGUACCAAUUUUAGAGAUAAUUCUCCAUAUUAUAAGGUUCAUUUUUGACAAAAUAAUAGAUAUAAAAAAGACUUCGGAUUUCCAACGUGUACUCUUUAAAGUUAUAAUAUUUUUCUUGGAAGUAUUGAGUAUAUAUAUCUGUCUUAUUUUUAUAUUUGGUUUCAUUAUUUCACCAGUUAUACGCAUGUCUUUCGGAAUUUUUUCAAAAAUCAUGUUAUACGAUUGA